UCUCGCAACGUCGCCGGACAGACGAGACUUGCUGGCCGCUGCCGCAGCCGUCGCCUCGCGCGAGCGGCUGCUGCGCUGAGCUGCUCAUGUCAGUCAAGCUUCGGAGCGAGGAGCGUCGAUCGCGUGACGGGAGAGCAAGGAUGGACGCUCGAUGGGGCAGAGGAGAGCAAGACGGGGCCGGCCCGCUGGGCGCGCCUCGGCGUUGAGGCCGAGCGGCUGGGAGCAACGCUUCGCGGAUGCUGUCUCUCGUCCGCCCAUCGCUUUGCCCGCUCUGCGUGGUUCGAGGGAACAUUUGCAAACCAAGCAGAACGACGAGCGCCCGCAGCUGCAGCUGCAUUCCUGGCGGCUGGGUGCGGAGGAGGGCCGUGGUCAUGGCGCUUCCGACGGCUGCAGAGAUGCAGGCAGCGCAGCAGUGAUGCAGGCGCGGCGGCCUCCGAGACCGCGUGUGCCGCUGCAUCCGUCUGCGUGCUCCUGCGACGGCGGCCAAGCGCGCGCGAGACAUGCCUCUCGGCCUCACAAGCUGACACAAGCCCCUCACGCUUUGGACUCGCUGCACGCUGCAUCGACGAGCCGAAGCGGCAAGUCUCAGCGCAGCGAGCGGCAGCCGUCGGCGGUGGCAACGACGCCUCGUGGGAAGGCCGCGCGACGGCGCUGCGAGGGCCGCCGUCGGAGGGCCUCCUCGCCCUUCUCGCCGCGCGUCGAGCUUGGCCUUGUGCUCCCUGAGCGCGGCUCGCAUCGCAUCAAGUCUGCACGCUUGCGCUCCUCGGCUGCUGCUGAUGCUGCACCCACUGAUCUGGCCGCCUGUCCGGCGUGCCGUUGCCGCCGCCGAUGGGCCGCUGAGGCUCAUUGAUUCAUGCGUCCCUGCAUGUGUCGCAUGCUCGCGGCAUGCCGUGGCGUUGCGGGCGCGUCGAGGGCUCGAGCUUGUGUCGCAUGUAAGGCGCUAAGUAGAUGCAGCGCUGACGACGUGCCUGCGCGCCUGACGCUGCUUGCUCGCGCACCAUCUGCUUGCGGCGGCGCGCGGGCUUUCCCACGCUGCGGCGGGCGUCGC